CUUUUUCUGCCGCCGCCGCUGCAGCUCCUCUGGGGCUUGUCGCUCUCCUCUUCCUCAGAUCCUCGCUGUCCCGACUCCAGGUGAAGAAACUGAGGCGGACAAAGAUUAAGUGACUUGCCCAAAGUCACAUAGCUGGGCAGAAUUUGGAGGAUCAAGUAGAAGUUUCAGAGAGGAAAAUUUAGACUUGAUAAAAGGAACUACAAACAGAACUACACACAAAUGGAAAGGCUGUCUCAGGAUGUGGUGGUUUCCCUAUUUCUGCAGUUCUUCAAGGAAAGGCUGGAUAACAAAUUCCUAGAAACCUAUGGAGUUUAAGAAAGCAAUGGAUUUCAGUGGAAUUCACUGAAGAAUUUUGUGACUGAAGUUUUAAAAUGGUAAAGGUUCAGCAGUGUGUGGUGUCUAACAAGUUACCUAGGAAGAGGCCAUAUAUUUGUAAUAUUUGCUUCAAGCACUUUGAAACACCAUCAAAAUUAGCCAGACAUUAUCUUAUUCACACUGGUCAAAAGCCAUUUGAGUGCCAUGUGUGUCAUAAAACUUUUAGGCAACUCGUUCAUCUGGAAAGACACCAGCUAACUCACAAGCUGCCAUUUAAAUGCAGUAUUUGUCAGCGACACUUUAAAAAUCUAAUAACCUUCUUGAAACAUCAGCAGCUCCACAAUGAAACCUACCAGAAUGAUGUAAAGCAAGUCAAAAGAUUGGUGGAAUCCAAGCAAGAAAAGCCAACUUAUGGGGUGUACCGUUCUUUUUCAACAGAAGAGAGGUGGGUAUUACAUCCAUCCUCCAAGUCAGAUCAUGUGUAUGGCACUGCAAGGAAAAGAAAGAAAAUCCAUGCAUGUGAUACCUGCAGCAAGAUGUUUCCAUCUCGCUCAAAGCUGGAAAGGCACUUACUUAUUCAUACUGGCCAGAAACCUUUUAAAUGUUCUCUUUGCAGUAAGUCAUUUAGACAGUCAACUCAUUUGAAAAUCCAUCAGCUAACACAUACAGAAGAGAGACCUUUUCAGUGUUGCUUUUGUGAAAAGGGAUUUAAGAUUCAAAGCAAACUUCUAAAGCAUAAACAAAUUCAUACCAGAAAAAAGAAUUUUCAGACUAUUUCAUUCAAGAAAAAGAGUCCAGAGCCACGCUCAGCACCAAUUAAAUUAAAUUUAAAGCAGGAUGGUUUUGAAAAUGAUGACACACAGGAACCUGAGGAGGAUACUCCAAUUGAUGUUGACUCUGUUUAUAUCGUCCCUUUUCAAUGUCCAGAAUGUGAGCAGUGUUUUGAAUCAGAACAGAUUCUUGGUGUUCACAAAUGUUUUCGUGCAGGAGAUGCUAAAAAUACAAACAGCAUCAAAAGAAACCACAACUAUAAAACUAAUGUUAAAGGUAAAGUUCUGACUAAGCUUAGGCGAGGUGCGGAUAAGCAGUUAGAUGCCUUUCGGUGUGACAAAAAGAAGUUUAAAACUAGGUUCUUGAAAAAUCGUGAUCUUCUUGGGGAGCAAAGCUCUGAUCAGAAUGCCUCACCUAAAACCUUUAAGAGUCCUCAUGGCAAAUUUGGGUCUUAUAAGAAAGUUAAUAGUAGUAAAAAGAAAAGACAUUUGCCAUUUUCCUGGCAAAAGCAACUUCAGAGCCCUAGUGCAGAAAUCAAUUUGAAAGGUACUAUUAAUAGUGAAGGUAUUUUAAAUGUAGAUGAUUCAGUGAAUAAUGACAUUACAAUUUAUAGUCCAUCUGGUGAGGACUUCUUUGAUGAUCCUGAAGCGCUUCAACAUGCGCUUUCAGCUCCCACUGACGAUCUGCAUACAAGACAUAAAAUGUGUCCAUGUGACAAAUGUGAGAAGGUUUUUCCUUCAAUAUCCAAACUUCAAAGACACUAUCUGAUUCACACUGGACAGAGACCUUUUGGCUGUAAUGUUUGUGGGAAGUCAUUUAGACAGUCAGCUCACUUAAAAAGGCAUAAGCUCACUCACAUUGAAAAGAUCCCUUUUAAAAGACCUAUUUACCAGGUAGAAUUUGAAAAUUUAAACAAACUUUUCACUCAUCCAGGAGACAGUUCUCAGUUGGUAGGUUAUUCUGAGGCUUCUGAUGAUCAAGAAUAUAAGGUGACUGACUCAAGUGAAGUAUCAGAAUUCAAAGUUAGUACAGAGUCAGGAGAUUUCAUCCUUGUCACCCACGGUAGAAACAUGCAGCCAUAUCUGUCUAAGAAACUGUUGGAGACGGAGCAGAGGCGUUAUAGCCGUUACCACGGCUAUUCGGGAAGUGCUGAGAAGAAUGAAGGUCUGCUUUACCAGUGUAGUGUUUGUUUUAAAAGUUUCAGGUCUCCAUCCAAACUCGAAAGACACUAUUUAAUACAUGCAGGACAGAAGCCAUUUGAAUGUUCAGUGUGUGGCAAAACCUUUAGACAGGCACCCCACUGGAAGAGACACCAGCUUACUCAUUUCAAAGAACGGCCCUAGGAAAAUAUGGUUGUCUUAAAUUUGGUUAUGUGACUGAUAAAAUCACCAACGCAAUUGGUGCUAGGCAGACCACUGGCAGUAUCCAUAGAGAUUUUGUUUUUAAAGUCUAUUGCAUUUGGAAUGUGUGAUUAUCAGUGGGUCGACAUUAGCUGAAAGGCAGGGACUAUGUCUUAUUCAUCUUUGUAUGCAUGCCUUUCAGCACCUAGCAUAGUGCCUUGCAUAUACUAGGCCUCAAGUGUUUGUUGAAUUGAAUGGAACUGAAAUUGAGUGAAUUAAUAUGCAAUUGUUUGUCAUGCAUGGUAAGGUCAUAGGAUGAGAAAAUAGUAAAUAUAUUGUUAAUGAGUAUCCACCCAUUUAAAAAAUGAUACUUGAGUGUCCAGUGUUUUAUUUUAAUGUUGCAAAUAUAUGUGGUGGCUAUAUUAAAAGUAUUAUUGAAAAUCACAAUAUGAUAUUCAUUUUAGUGGGAUUAUUCCUUACAGUGUGCCAUCUCUUUAUAUGUACACAAAAAUGCAAGAGGCAGAAGGUGGUUCCCACGUGGAAGUAAUAAACAGUCUUCACUGUGUUCCCUUUGUAUUCCAUAUGACCUGAAAGUAUAACUGACAUUUAUAUAGUGCUUUAUGGUUACAAAGUGCUUUAGAUAGAGCAUGCAUUUGAUUCUCACAACACUCUAUUGAGGUAGGUUGUACAGGCAUUACCUCCUAUUUUAGAUAAGAAAAUUGAUGCUGAGAAAUCAAGUGAUUUUGCCUAUGGUCACACAGGUAUGUGUGUAGUGGUAGAGUAGGCCUGGGCUGAAAAUCAGGUCUUUUGACCAUUGUUGUCCAUUUACUACUCAGUUUUCAUGGCAGAAUCCUCUAGUUGCAUUUUUAAAAAAAUGAGAAUUAAUGGAAGUAAAAAUGAAUGAAAAAUUCUUAUAGCAACGUUCUGGUUGCUUAUUUAACCUCUUUGAACCCUAGGUUUCUUCACAAAGAGGGAACAUGAAAUGUUUAUUGAAUUGAAUUGACUAUAAUAAUACUGCAUUUCUUCUCAGGAGAUAGAGGCAGACUUUUUCCAUCACCUACUUUCAUCUAAGGCCAGGGGUUCUUAACCUUUCUUAUGUCAUGGACCCCAUUGUCAGUCUCAUGAAACCUAUAGACCCCUU